AUGGUGGCAGAAAAAGAGACCCUGAGCUUAAACAAAUGCCCAGACAAGAUGCCGAAGAGGACCAAGCUGCUGGCACAACAGCCGCUCCCGGUGCACCAGCCUCACUCCCUGGUUUCUGAGGGCUUCACAGUCAAAGCCAUGAUGAAAAACUCAGUCGUGAGAGGCCCACCAGUUGCAGGAGCAUUUAAAGAAAGACCAACGAAGCCCACAGCAUUUCGAAAAUUUUAUGAACGAGGAGAUUUCCCAAUUGCCCUUGAGCAUGAUUCAAAAGGAAACAAAAUCGCGUGGAAGGUGGAAAUCGAGAAGCUGGAUUACCAUCAUUAUUUGCCUCUGUUUUUUGAGGGGCUCUGUGAAAUGACAUUUCCCUACGAGUUUUUUGCCCGGCAAGGAAUCCACGACAUGCUGGAACACGGGGGGAACAAGAUUCUUCCUGUCAUUCCACAGCUCAUUAUCCCAAUAAAAAAUGCCUUGAAUCUUCGAAAUCGACAGGUCAUUUGCGUCACCCUCAAAGUCCUCCAACAUCUGGCUGUGUCAGCUGAGAUGGUGGGUGAAGCUUUGGUGCCCUAUUACCGUCAAAUCCUCCCCAUCCUGAACAUCUUUAAGAAUAUGAAUGACGAGCAGUGGGCUAAGUGGAUAAGGGCCGGACAAACAUUGAAGCAAGCACGGGCUGUCAGGCACCCCAGCUUGGAGUCUUCCCAGGGGACCACAGGGAAGCGACCACAGGAAGGAGCAGACGGGGCUGGCAGCCCCAGUCGACACUUCUGGUUUAAUGAGGCUAACUUUCAACAGUUAUGA